CUGAUUCCUGAGACGUGAAGAUCUGAUAAAGAACUAUGUGAAGCCAUGGUGAACUUCAGACCAUCAACAGUGGAGAGUCUGUCCUCAAACUCAGUCCAAAGACUUCUUCUCUUUCUUCUGUGUCUCCUGCUUCUUCAUCACCCUUCACUGGCUUACUCCCUGAAUAACUGUACCUUUGAUUUUACUGAGGAUGCCUUGGCUGAAGUUUGUAUGGAUUGCACAUCUAAUGGACUUGUUUCUGUCCCUGAUGACAUCCCCAGAAAUGCACACACGGUUAAACUUUCUGAGAAUCAGAUAAGAGAAAUCAAAAGGGAUGAUUUUGUGAACAUGGCAAAGCUAAGUUUUCUGAGCCUGGAUAGUAAUGUGAUUGCUCACAUAGACGAUGGAUCUUUCAUGUAUUUGGUGUCGUUAAAAGAACUCCACAUGGCGAGUAAUUAUCUACCAAAUCUGACAGGAAACCUCUUUCAAGGACUGUCAAACCUCUCUCUGCUUGAUCUCAGUAACAAUCAAAUUAAUUUCAUUCAUACCUCGGCCUUUGACUUCCUGACCAGCUUAAAAACUGUCAUCCUAAACUCCAACAAGUUAGAAACCGUCACUGACAUAGAGCCCGUUUUAAAACUACCCCACCUUCAGGUACUGAGGCUUAAACACAAUCUGUUUUCCACUUUUGAAUCUAAAGAUCUGAAUCUGAACACAUCCUCCAGCCUGAAGGUGUUAGAUGUUGAAGAUAAUGACAUCAUGAGAUUUAGCAUCACAACACCUAUCUUCCCUCAUCUUCACACUAUUUACCUUUAUAGUAUUUUCUCUGAAUUGGAAUGGGACAUCCCUGAUAAGUCUUUACUGACAAACAUAACACAUCUGGAGUUAAGCUACCUCUUAAUUGAUAUUGAAGAAACACAAAAAGUCCUGCAGAGUCUUGACUCACUGCAAGAAUUACAACUUAAUUUCAUGUGGCAGUUGUUCAGCGAAGGUCUGUUGCCUACAGUCUGUAAAAUACCGACGCUUCGGAGCCUGGAUCUGUCUGUAAAUGAUGAUGCAGACAUCAGUGCCCAACUUGGAGCUUGCUCUCAGCUCAAGGAGCUUUACUUGGGUAAUACGAACACCUCUGAAAUACCCAAAGGCUCAUUAAGUAUGAUGAAGCAACUGAGGUUGUUGGAUCUGCGGCAAAAUUUAAUCAACAGAGUGCCAGAGGACAUAAGAAGCCUCUCCUCCCUCAGGGAACUAAGACUUGGCAUCAACCGUAUCUCUGAGUUGAGCUGUGAGGAUUUCACAAACACGACCAGCCUCACUGAGCUCUUUCUAAACAACAACCCUAUUGCCAAACUGGACAGGUGCACCUUCCAAAAUCUCAACAACCUUAAGGUUUUAAAUAUGAGUGGGAACAAGUUGUGGACAUUCGAGGGUGCCUUCAAAAAAGGCCUUCCAAACCUAGAGAUUUUGCAUUUAGGAACAACUUUUGUUUCUGAUCUUGUAAAAGGGGAUUUUGAGGGUUUAAAGUCCCUAAAACAGUUCGACAUAGAAUCUAAUGACAUCAACGUGAUAAGAAAAGGAGCUUUUGACACAUUGUAUAAUCUAACAAAGCUCUCCAUAUAUCUUCCUAUUUUUUUUGAUGAUGACUUCAGUGAAUUGCAACAAUUGGAAGAUUUUACGAUGUAUUUCCCUAUUGACGCCAGUUCACUAAAGGAUCAUGAAAAUGUGAGCACAUUUUUGUUUGACUUAAAAUCACUGAGAAGGCUCAAAAUGGUGUGCAUCAGUAAUCAAGGACUCAUCAUGAAAACAAAAAUAGAAAUGGUUCAAUCAACAAAACUUUUAGAGGAAUUCACAGCUGAGAACAUAUUUCUGACUUCAACAAGCAAAGAAACAUUUCAGUUCAACUCCAAGCUGAGAAGUUUGAGAAUCACAAAGACCUACUUGUCUGAUGUGGGUCCUGAACUCUUCUGGCCACUCUCAAACCUACAAACACUGGAUCUCUCUAGUACUAAUCUAAAGUCUUUGGAUUUUUUGGCCCAGGCCAACCUGUCUGCACUCAAAUAUUUGCAUCUCAGUGACAAUGGUAUAACAGUCAUUGAUGAGACCAUUUUCCAGUCUCUUCCUGCUCUUAUUUACCUCGACCUGAGCAACAACCCUUUGACAUGUGACUGCUCUAAUGCUGGCUUCAUCCAAUGGGUGAAGAGCAACAACCAAACUCAGGUGGAUGGCGCCCAUGACUACAUCUGUUUCUUCCCUCUGAUCAAACAGGGAACCAAGGUGUUGGACUUUGAUGUCCAGUCCUGUUGGAUGGACGUUGGCUUCCUCUGCUAUAUCUCCAGCUCUUGUCUGGUGGUGUUAACUCUCCUCACCUCUUUCAUCUACCACCUCCUGAGGUGGCAGAUUGUCUAUGCCUUCCUCCUCUUCCAGGCCUUUCUUUAUGACAGCAGGAAGAGGAGGAGAGGAGCUCCUCACCUCUACGAUGCCUUCAUCUCCUACAAUGUUGAGGAUGAGGCCUGGGUCUACAGAGAGAUGCUUCCAGUGCUGGAGGGAGAGCAGGGCUGGAGACUGUGUCUGCACCACAGAGACUUCCAACCAGGUAAACCUAUCAUAGAGAACAUCACAGACGCCAUCUACAGCAGCAGGAAGACCAUCUGUGUGAUCAGCCGGAGCUACCUGCAGAGCGAGUGGUGCUCCAGAGAGAUCCAGAUGGCCAGUUUCCGUCUGUUUGAUGAGAAGAAGGACGUGUUGAUCCUGCUGUUUGUGGAGGAGAUCCCCUCUCAUCAGCUGUCUCCGUACCACCGCAUGAGGAAGCUGGUGAAGAAACGCACCUACCUGAGCUGGCCACAGGCUGGACAACACAAGGGAGUCUUCUGGCAGAACGUCCGGAGGGCUCUGGAGACGGGAGAGUCCGCCAGAGACAACGUGAAUCUUCUGACUGGACCAGAGGGAUGCUGAGAACAUUCCUGAACCUGUGAGCUGAAAAACAGGAGAAUCUAAGAGACAAGUUUAAUGCUAUUUGAGACACUGAAUAUGAACGAAUCAGACAAUGAAAAUAAAGACCAAGCAUCUUGAGCAUCUUGAGUUGUUUCAGCUAUUGUGGGUUUCCCCUGUUGUUUUUCUGGUAGUGGCUUUUCCACAAUACCAACUUGCUGAGUACAAUAAAUAAUCCAUGAGUGUCACUCUAGCAAAUGUUUAUGUGUUCAUUCAGAGAGGUCCAUUCACUCAUUCUGUCUGUUCACACUGACAACUCAACACUGGACUAAAUAGACCAU